AAGGAAAACAUUCUUGGUGUAUCUGUAUAAUUGUAACUGUACACUGUAUAACUGAUGUCUUAUUCAAACACAGACUAAACAUAAACAAAAACUAUAUGUAAUAAUGACAAAAUAUGACAAUGUAUUAAUAUUUUUGUAUUUUGAAAACUGUUUAGUUAUAUUUUCGAAAAUAUUCGUGUUUAUACUAUUUAUUUUUCUAAUUGUCGAUGCAUAGUUUCACGCCAAUGCAAUUGUAUGAGUUCUUUACUGCCUUUAAUGAUAAUCCUAAUAAUAUCAACAUUCUUUAGAUGAUUUCAGAUAGAUCAUUUGGAUAUGGUACAAGUAAAGCAGCUCAGCAUAUAGCUGCAAAGAAUACGGCACCUGUAUAUUUCUAUGAAUUUGGCUACAGUGGUAAUUAUUCUUACGCUGGAUUUUUCGAUAAAAAAUCAUAUCCCCGAGGAUCAAAUGUAACUCAUGCCGAUGAAACUAGUUAUGUAUUAAAAGUGAAUGGUUUCUCCGUUUACGACAAUGAAGAAGAUAGAAAGAUGAUCAAAACUAUGGUUAAUAUUUGGGCAACUUUUAUUAAAUCUGGGUAAUUAUCUGACUUUUAUUGUUUGAUACUCUAAUCAAUCAUUGUAAUGAGUAUAAAUGGAAUCUGAUAUUAAGUA